AUGGCGGCGGGCUCGGAUCUGCUGGAUGAGGUUUUCCUAAACGCUGAGGUGGAUGAGAAGGUGGUGAGCGACCUGGUGGGCUCCCUGGAGUCUCAGCUGGCGGCCUCGGGCCAUCACCACCCGCACCACAAGGCGCAGGAGCCCCUCAGGGUCGCCGGGGGGCUGCUGGGGAACCAUGUUGUGAGCAGCGGCAGCAGCAGCAGCAACAGCCCUAGCCCUAGCCCGGGAGGAGGAGGAGGAGGAGGAGGAGGAGUAGGAGGCAAUGCUAAUGUCCAAACAGAGAACCCCGGCAGCCGCACCACCGGCAGCAGCAGCACCAGCAGCACCACCGCCGCCGCCGCCGCCGCCAAGAUGGGACUCAGUGGCCCGGAGAUCACCAAGCCAGGAACUGGUGGAGUGCAAGGGAGUGUUAUCAAUCAUAAUGCCAGGUCCCAGGGCUCUACGUUGGAUGGGACCACUACAACUAGCAGCAGCACCACUACAACUGUCCAAGGUGGCUCUGAAGCUGCUAUUACCCCAGGGACCCUCAAUCAGGGCAAAUCAGUGGUAAUCAGUACCAUGGCAACAGCUUUAUCUACCAGGAAUGGUAAAAUUGGGACCACUGCAGUGCAGACUUUGAACGGAAGUAACGUGGUGAUGAAUUCCCAUGCUUCUUUCUCGGCCACUCCUGUAACAGCAAAUCCUACCGUGGUCCCUGCUGUUGCUCCUCUCGUUAACAAUGGACCUGGAAAUAUUGGAAAAGUCAACACCGUUAAUGCUGUCUUGCCAUCUGCUUCAAGUACUGUCAUCCAGACUUCUUUCCUUGGCGCUGGAGUGUCCUCUGCCUCUUCACCUUCACCUACAGUGAUCUCUUCACAACAGCCCCCCAAUAUGGGGACCGGGGGGCCAACAGUAGCAUUGGUAAGGCCGCCCAUUCACGCGGCAGGACCCUCAUUGGCUGCCGCCACCCAAAAUGGGAGCAGUACUGUGAUCAAUUCAACCAUCAACGUGGGCGGUUUCCCGACUGCAGCUGUUGCAGCUGCCACGGUUGGUUCAGGGGUGUCUCUCCAGACCUCUCUCGUGAACAGCCAGCCAGGCUCUGGGGUAUCAGCUGCUGCACCCACCACACAGGUCAUCAAAGCGGAGUCUCCUAAAACUAUCGUCCAAGCAGUCACCCAACAGCAAACUCUGACUGCAGCUGGCCAGCCUAGUACUACAGGGGGUAACAUGAUCAUUGGGCAAACUAUGCAAGCUGGCCUGCCCAACGUAGCUCCUAAUCCUGGUGGAGUACCUCCUGCACCUCCAGGGACUCCCACAGGUCUGGCUAAGGGUGCUGCCAAUACAGUGGCACAGAGCCUGCCCAGGACUGCAACUGCAACCACCGGUGGAAUCAGAGCAACUUUGACUCCCACUGUUUUAGCACCUCGUCUGCCUCAGCCUUCUCAGAAUCCCACAAAUAUUCAGAACUUUCAAUUGCCACCAGGCAUGGUCAUUGUACGUAGUGAGAGUGGCCAGUUACUGAUGAUCCCUCAACAUGCUUUGGCGCAAAUGCAAGCCCAAGCCCAUGCACAGUCUCAGUCUCAAACGACCAUGACUCCUCGUCCUGCCACAUCUACCAGUGCUUCUCCGGUCCAGCUUUCGACUGUGCAGGUCAGUUCCCUGAGAAAUGCACCGGGAACCCCUAUCAUUGCUCGGCAGGUAGCACCAACCACUAUAAUCAAACAAGUGUCUCAGGCACAGACAACUGUACAACCUACAACAACGUUACAGAGGCCACCUGUAGUCCAGCCUCAGAUUGUUCUGGGCAGCCCUGCACAAACAACAGCAUUAGGAACAGCAACGGCUGUGCAGACUGGAACCCCUCAAAGGACGGUGCAAGGAGCCACAGCAACCUCCACAGCAGCCACAGAAACCAUGGAAAAUGUGAAGAAAUGCAAGAAUUUUCUCUCUACGCUAAUAAAACUGGCCUCUUCUGGAAAGCAGUCGACAGAGACUGCAGCUAAUGUGAAAGAGCUAGUCCAGAACUUGCUGGAUGGAAAGAUUGAAGCAGAAGAUUUCACCAGUCGGUUAUACCGGGAACUUAAUUCUUCACCUCAACCAUACCUUGUGCCUUUCUUGAAGCGGAGUUUGCCUGCCUUGAGACACCUGACUCCCGACUCGGCCGCUUUCAUUCAGCAAAGCCAGCAUCAGCAGCCCUUGACGCAGCCCACCACCGCUCUGACCGCUGUGAUGUUGAGCAGCUCGGUCCAGCGUACGGCGGGAAAGACCACCGCUGCAGUCACGAGUACCUUGCAGCAGCCGGUCAUCAGCCUAACGCAGCCAGCCCAAGUGGGGGUUGGCAAGCAAGGGCAGCCUACGCAGGUGGUCAUCCAGCAGUCUCAAAAACAAGGUACAUUAAUUAGGCCUCCGCAGGUGACCUUGACCCAGACGCCCAUGGUGGCCUUGCGGCCACCCCACAACCGUAUUAUGUUGACUGCUCCUCAACAAAUUCAGCUGAACGCACUUCAGACAGUCCCCGUGGUAAAGCAAACAGUAUUACCAGGAACCAAAGCUCUUUCUACUCUUUCAACCCAAGCUGCAAUUGCUCAGAAAAAUAAACUGAAAGAACCCGGGGGAGGUUCUUUUCGGGACGACGAUGAUAUUAACGACGUUGCCUCUAUGGCAGGAGUCAACCUAUCGGAAGAGAGCGCACGUAUAUUGGCCACUAAUUCUGAGUUGGUGGGCACUUUAACAAGGUCGUGUAAAGAUGAAACUUUUCUUCUCCCAACACCCUUGCAAAGAAGAAUAUUAGAAAUAGGUAAAAAGCAUGGAAUAACAGAAAUCCAUCCUGACGUAGUUAGUUAUGUAUCACAUGCGACGCAACAAAGGUUACAAAACCUGGUAGAGAAGGUAUCAGAGACUGCCCAGCAAAGGAAUAUUUCUUACAAGGAUGAUGAAAGAUAUGAACAAGCAAGCGACGUUCGGGCACAACUCAAGUUCUUUGAACAACUUGAUCAAAUAGAAAAACAGCGGAAAGACGAACAAGAAAGGGAAAUAUUAAUGCGGGCAGCAAAGUCUCGAUCUAGACAAGAAGAUCCAGAGCAACUUAGGUUGAAACAAAAGGCCAAGGAGAUGCAACAACAAGAACUAGCACAAAUGCGACAGAGGGAUGCUAACUUGACUGCGUUGGCUGCAAUAGGACCCAGAAGAAAAAGGAAACUGGAUUCUCCAGGGUCUGGAUCAGGGACAGAGGGAUCCAGUCCGAGUGUAGCAGUACCAGGAUGCUCCGGAAUCGGAACAACCAGACAGUUUACACGGCAAAGGAUAACUCGGGUGAACCUCAGGGACCUCAUAUUUUGUUUAGAAAAUGAGCGAGAGACAAGCCAUUCACUAUUGCUCUAUAAAGCAUUCCUUAAGUAGAAGUGGAGAAGAUCAAGGUAUUUUUUGGCAAAAGAAGACCCUGGGGACACUUUUUAUAUAUAUUUGCAGAUUACGCCUUUUUGUAACAAGCCUAUGGGAUAUUGUUUUAAAUCCAAAUCAGAACACCCCAUCAACAGCCACCGCCCUGGGACAGCCAUCUCUUUGCAAGGAGCCCGUUUUCUAUUUCCAUUGAUCAUUAACCCUUUGACGUGAGAGAGAGAUCUCUGUCUUUGACAGUCAGGAGACGUGGAAAGGCCUAAGGAGACAAUAUGCGGACAGUUGAAAGUUUAACUCAUCUCUUGGAGUGGCCUUCUUGUCAAACAAGCCAUAUUAUAGAGACUGAGGGAACCAUUAGCAAAUAACCAGCUACUCUGUGUCAGAUGAUCCUGUAGCAAUUCAACAUUAAUUGUGCAUUUUAUUUCAGUUGUACUUUAACUCAAAAAGCAUCUAGGUAUAUAUAUAUAUAUACAUAUAUGUAUACCUACAGCAGGUGACCUCAUUUUACUUUAGCUUUUAAAAGAAGUCAGCUAGCAAAAUAAAUUGAUUUUAAUAAAUAUUUAUCUUUACCUUCCUGCCCGAGAUGGUUCAAAUUCUACACAACAUUUAAUUUUAAGCGUAACCUCAAUUCUUUUUUAAUCUUGUUAUUUUUGCUUAUUAGAGGCACCCCACCCAACUCUGAAGAUCCACAAAGGACAGUUCCUUCUGAAUGUUUUAUCAGCAUCUGUACAAAAAAAAAAAUUAAAAAAGGAAAAAAAGAAAUGCAUUUAUUUGCUAUAGUUUGUAAAGCUGUAAAGUUUAAAACAAAAAAACGAAAAACGAAAAAAAAAAUAACUUUUCAGCAUAAAUAUAUUUUACUUGCACUGUGUUUUUUAGCGAAAGUGAAAGCUUAGAUUAAAUAAAAAUCAGAGUUGAGAGGAAUCAUCAAAAAGGCAGUUUUCUCAGUGUGAAAUCAAGUGUUGAAAAAAAAAAUGGUUGGUGUAUUUUGUCAGUAAUUGUACAUAAUUUUUUGGCACAUAACAUUAAAAAAUGGCUAUGUAAACUAUAAUUAUUUUGCUAAAAGACUGUAUGCAAAGCUUAUGGGCUUAACUUUAAAGAUGUCCAGAGCAAAAUUCCCCUGUUUCUACCUAUUUUUUUAUUACAAAUAUACUAAUUGGUUCUUUAUAUUUUCAGAGGUUAUUGUAUUAAAUUGUCUAUUGAUAGUACUUUUAUGACUGUAAAUAUGUCGGUUUUCUUUGUGUGAACUCUCAUGUUAGAUUUUCAAGGGCAGGGCAGCUGGGGACCUUCCUUGCGCAAACCCUACCCGGAAUGAAGGUUUGCUGUGCACGAACUGGCAUUGAUUUGAACAGAGCCUUGUGCAAGGAGAGUUUCCAGUGCAUUUGUACCUUUUCUCCUUUUUUUUGUGUGUGUGUAAAACUGAACGCUGAUCAGUAUUUUUAUCAACAUCCAACAAACUGUUACACCUUUUUAUUUGUCUUUUAGGGAAAAAAAAUAAGAGAGAGAAAUCCUGUCUUUCCAUUUUUUUUAUGUAAAUUUUGCACAGUCCCUUGUUCAUAUGUAAAUAUUUUACUUUCAAAAAUGAAGUUUUUAAUUGCUAUUGUU